AUCGGACUAAGUUCCAAGCCUCCGUGCCAGGAUCCGUCCGUGAGCCGUCGAGGAUGAGCUCACUCCGCCGGUAAACCGCAUCAGCAAGUCGAUAAAGAGGCACCGAGUCUUCCUUUGGCCCCAUCCUUCUGUCCUCGCCCAUCUCAUCCGAACAUCACGCAAUCCUCGGUCCGCGUCACGUGCCACGAGCUGCCGUCCUUCCUUCCUUUCCCCACUCGGCUGUCUCCAGCCUCCGACCUUCCCGCAACUCCCCUCCUGUCCAUUGCCCAUUACCGCCAUGGCACCCGCCAAUCGAGAGAUGGGCACCUCCACGCGUGCUUUGCAUGCCGACGACGCAUUGAAUCUCGUGGCGGAUGUGGCUCCUCCGCUUCACGUGGCCACGACUUUCCGGUAUUCCGACAACCCCGAUGAUCUGGUGCCUCUGGCCGAUAUUACCAACAGUGACCCAAACAAGACGAAACACAUCUACUCUCGAGUGACGGCUCCCAAUUUCACCCGGUUCGAGGCCAUCCUCUCGUCUCUCCUUAACGGCCAAGCUCUCACCUACUCCUCGGGGUUAUCGGCCUUGCAUGCGGCGCUUGUCCUGCUCAACCCCCGUCGGAUUGCGAUCGGGAAUGGUUAUCACGGGUGCCAUGGUGUGAUUUCGCUGUUCGGCCGCCUGACCGGACUGCAGAAGUUGGAUCUGGAUUGCCCUGCGGAACAGCUGGAGGCCGGGGAUGUCAUCCAUCUGGAAACCCCGGUGAACCCCGAGGGGAUAGCCUUCAACAUCGAGGCGUACGCCAAGAAAGCGCAUUCGCGGGGAGCGUAUCUCAUCGUCGACGGCACGUUUGCCCCACCGACCCUUCAAGACCCCUUCCAAUGGGGUGCCGAUCUGGUGAUGCAUUCCGGGACCAAGUACUUCGGGGGACACAGCGACCUGCUUUGUGGUGUUCUUGCCACGCAGCGCGAGGAUUGGGCGAAGAAGCUGUGGGAGGACCGUAUCUACCUGGGGAGCGUGAUGGGCAACAUGGAAAGCUGGCUGGGCGUGCGCAGCUUGCGGACUCUGGAAGUGCGGGUGGAACGGCAGAGCCAGAACGCGACCAGUCUUGUCUCGUGGCUGCAUGGGGCCCUCACUGCGCAGAGACCCGCCCCGGACAGCGACGAGGCGGUCACGCAGCGUGCGCUCGAGGGCGUUUUCCACGCGAGCUUGCAGAAGGAGGACGAGUCGUGGCUGUUGAAGCAGAUGCCGCGUGGGUUCGGGCCGGUCUUCUCGAUCACGAUGAAGACGGAAGACUUCGCGCGAAAGCUGCCGAGCAAGCUGGCGUUCUUCCAGCAUGCAACCAGCCUGGGAGGAGUUGAGACGUUGAUCGAGUGGCGGACGAUGUCGGACGCGACGGUGGAUCGGCAGUUGCUGCGCAUCAGUGUUGGGUUGGAGAACUGGGAGGAUCUCCGGAAGGAUCUGCUGAUUGCAUUCAGGGAAUUAGUCGAGGGUAAAUAAAUAAAUAUGCAUGAUAAUUAC